AUGAAACCGUAUUAUGUUAGCACGCCCAUUUUUUACGUAAAUGCUGCCCCUCACAUUGGCCAUCUUUACACGAGUGUAAUCGCGGAUGUUCUGGUGCGCUAUUCCCGUCUCAGGCAUCCUGACAGGCCGGUCUUUCUCAACACGGGUACGGAUGAACAUGGCUUGAAAAUACAACAAGCGGCGGAAGCGGCUGGAGAGAACCCGAUGCAGUUUUGUGACAGAAUUAGCGAGCGCUUCAAAGAACUUGGAAGAGCCGCCAGUAUCGGCUCUUCCCGUUUUACACGCACCACUAACAUUGAUCACAAGAUGUCGGCACAAUACUUUUGGGACCUGUUAGAGAGAAGCGGUGCUGUAUACAAGGGACAACAUAGCGGGUGGUACUCGAUCUCAGACGAGUGCUUCUAUACCGAUGCGCAAGUCGAAACCAUCACUGGUCAAACAAAUGUCAAGGUUGCCACUGAAACGGGCUCCAUCGUAGAGUGGACAACAGAAGAAAACUACAAGUUCCGUUUAAGUUUAUAUCGUGAGCCGCUGUUGGAAUGGCUGAAUGGAAACAAACUGUCCGUUUAUCCCCCGACACGUCGGGAUGAGCUGAUUCUCCAAUUAUCAAAUCCUGAAAAUUUCAAGGAUAUUUCCAUAUCGCGCCCCAGGAGCCGGCUCCAAUGGGGAAUACCAGUUCCAAGAGAUAAACAACAAGUCAUUUAUGUAUGGCUAGAAGCGCUAGUCAAUUACCUGACUGCUGUCGGCCAUCCAUGGACUGAUGGUAGAAACGACGGGAAGGGAUGGCCGACGGACGUCCAUGUCAUUGGAAAGGAUAUCCUCAGAUUCCAUGCAGUCCUCUUGCCUGCUUUCUUGCUGGCUAUUGGAUACGAGCUGCCUUCCACAAUCCUCGCGCAUGCACACUGGACUGUGAACCGUCAAAAAAUGUCUAAGAGCCGUGGGAAUGUCACUAACCCUUUCAGCGUCCUCCAACUAUAUGGGGUGGAUCCAAUUCGGUAUUACAUGAUGAGCGUCGCUGGCAAUUUUCAUGAUGACUCCAAUUGGUCUGAGGAACAAAUCGUAAAUCACUACAAUCGCGAUCUCCGUGGCGUUCUGGGGAAUCUGGUUUCACGGAUUACUUCUCCUGGAUUGACCUCACUUUUAAAUUCACUUGCAAGCGAAGAGGGACACUCGGUCACAUCGUACGCUCUCCUUGAUAAGAAUCUUCCUGAGGAUGCAAUCAUCAAACGCAUGUUGGAAGAAGCACCUUCAAAGUUCGAGCAACAUUUCAGUCAGUUUGAGAUUGGGAAAGCCCUCGAAAUCCCGAUGGGUUUAGUCAAUGAAGCAAACCGACACUUCAUUCACCUGAGGUGGUGGGAACAUAAGGACUCACCGGAUAUCAUUCGAAGGUCUCAUUUCUACACUCACGAAGCCCUCCGUAUCGCCUCGAUACUCCUUCAGCCAUUCAUGCCCACCAAAUCACAGGAAGUUCUUGCCGCUCUGUGCGCUGGAUGUAAUCAGUGGCGGAGUACUGUUCUUGGAGCCUCGGGCGUUCCAGCGAAGUCAAAGCAUACGGCGCCAUACAGCACAUUGUUUCCACCCAUAAAACUCAACUGAGCGGUGCGAUGUUUUCUCUAGCGAAGGUUUUGCAGGGCGAACAGGAUCAGGAGGGGGGGCACUCCCAUCGAACUGUGCUGUAUUUAUGAUUCCCCUACAAAUAUGUCCUAUUGCCUUACGGCAUUGGGUCGCCGGAUUAGAAGCUUGAUACAUAUGCUCCCUUCAGUUCGACGCUUGAGGUAGUUGCAUGUUGAAGGAACAACGAGAAGAUCCCUGGACAAAUUGUUAAAUUGGGUGUUUGCGUAUUAAACCCCUUCCAAUGCACGUAGAGCUCCAAUCGAACCGC